CGAGCGAGGAGUGAUGUCGGCGCUGGCGCGGGCUGCGAGCGCUCGGCGGCUGCGGCUCCUCCUGGCGAGCGCGAAGCCCGCGACGCUCGCGGCCGCGUGCGGCACCUCCAUGGCCUCCUCCAAAGUGACCGUGAACGGCGUCCAGCUCCACUACCAGCGCGUGGGCGAGGGUGACCAUGCUGUCCUGCUGAUGCCCGGGAUGCUGGGGUGUGGACAGACAGACUUCAUGCCUCAGAUCCAGAAAUUGAAUAGGAAGCUUUUCACCGUGGUGGCCUGGGACCCUCGGGGCUACGGCCACUCCAGGCCCCCCGACCGAGACUUCCCACCAGACUUUUUUGAAAGGGAUGCAAAGGACGCCAUUGAUCUGAUGAAGGCGCUGAACUUCCAGAAGGCCUCCCUGCUGGGCUGGAGCGACGGAGGCAUCACAGCCCUCAUCGCCGCCGCCAGGUUCCCCUCUUUCAUCCACAAGAUGGUCAUCUGGGGAGCCAACGCCUACGUGACCCAGGAGGACAUCCAGCUCUAUCAGGGCAUCCGGGACGUUUCCAGGUGGAGCGAGAAGACACGGAAGCCUCUAGAAGACCUCUAUGGCCGGGAGUACCUCGCCAGUACCUGCGAGAAGUGGGUGGACGGGAUAGGACAGUUCCAGCAUCUUCCUGACGGGAACAUCUGCCGCCACCUGCUGUCCCUGGUGCAGUGCCCAACGCUGAUCGUGCACGGCGAGAAGGACCCCCUGGUCCCGCGCUUCCACGCCGACUUCAUCCACAAGCACGUGGCUGGUUCCCGGUUGCACCUGAUCCCAGAAGGCAAGCACAACCUGCACUUACGGUUUGCUGACGAAUUCAACAAACUCGUCGAAGACUUCCUGCAAUGAAAGGGUCCGAGCAAAGCCAGUGGCAGCGGCGGCAGGAUUCCUCGAGCCGCCCCGGCCCACCCCUCACUGCCUGAAUCAAGGUUUGAGUCCUCAAUCAUAGUUGUCAAAAGCAAAGGGGGGGGGGCAGAGCAAUGGUCCAGUGGAGCUGGAAGCUUGCCUCGAACGUGA